UCGGGUGCGAGACUCUCUGGAUACGUUCUCUUCGUGUUACUACUGUCCGUGCGUUAGAAUUCAACUUCGGAAGUUGUUCUGUUCUGCUGUCUGUGCCCACAGGUGCACGAGCCGGGUCCUGUUGAUGUGUUACGUUGUGCGGGCGGUGGUUCUUGCCUUGGUGCUACGGUAGAGUGUUUCCUGUAGUAUACUUUUUUGUUGCUACCACCACUGUCUACAUAUGUCGGUAGAAACCCCGUUGAUCGAUCGAAGUGGAGUAUCUUGACCGAGUUUUUGUGUUCGCGGAGCACAUCCGCUGAAGUAGAAGUUGGAAAGUGCGGCCAGGAGUUCAAGGUUAUUCUUGGACAAAGUAAAUUUCGACGGCGUACGGUCAAUUCCGAUACAACGGCGAGAGUGGAGCACAGCAGGAAGGCAACGAAUUUCCAAAGGUAGCUCUGUUGGAGUGCGUGCUUUUUUGCCGAUGCGGUAUCUGUGCGAAGAGAUAUGAGCCAAAGCGGCCCGAAGCAAGGUGUUUGAAGUUAGAACAUGCUGUUUGAUUUUUCGACAGUGUAGAAAUCGGUUCCUACCGUUGGGUGUCGAAAAGCUACGCACUCGAAGGCGUUGUGUUUCUGGGGAGGCAGAUAACAGCUCGUUUAUGUUUAUCCAGCCGCGGGUAGUUUGAUUAGUGUUAAAUUAUUCUGCUGAUAUGUAUUUUGCUUCACUACCGAGUUUCCGCCAGUUUCAAAGUGAGUCAUAAAUUGUGCUGCAGUGAUAAACAUUGGAUCAAGUGGGCUGAUACGAGUUCCAGCGCCAUUGUUCUGCAGUUGCCGUAGCGACUGAUGAGCUGCUUGCCGGCAAACUACACACUACGUUCAUCGAUUAACACUACCGGAAGGUUUCAACUUCAUGGCUUGCCUAGACCCAACGUAGAGGGUUGAAUUUUUAAUAAAGCAUUGCAGCGCUGAAUAAUUAAACAGAAGUUGGGUCUGUUUGACCAAUUGGGGUGCCUCAAUCCAGGAAAAUUGUGUGAAGAAUUCAUACGACGUAAUUGAGUAGCAGCUGUUCGUAACGAAAGGAAGUAUUUGGUGCUGCAAAUCUAGUGGAAAACCUGUGGCUAUAAAAUAUACUAGCGAUAAAAGUGAAUUCAGUGUAAAAAGGGGUUAUAAAUAGUGCUUCUUGAACGGUUAUUUCAAGCAGGCAAAGCAGAAGAGUUGAUUAAUUAGUGUGGAUUAAUAAAUUUUCAUUUCGCUCCCGUUCUUCUGUGUUGGGCAAGGUUAGCUACCGGUGUAUGGGAAAAUUCAUGGAUAAAGUGUUAUUUAUCUCCACUUAACCUACGUGUGUGCUGGAAAUCACUCACAUAUCCUUCAACCGUCUUAAAGUAGCCGUCAAAUUUAUGUGCACAGUGUAAGAAAAUCAAAGCAAAAAUUCAUCUAAAAUUCAAAAGCUAUUAUUAAGUUGCACCGUGCUACAGUUCGCAAUUUAAAUCUAUCUUAUUACCGUAGUAAAAGUUGAAUCAAAAUAGUGUUUAAGUGUUCCGGGUUUUCAAUGUUUCCUAGUAAUAUAUAAUAUUGAUCAAAAAUAUAUCAUAAGCAAAUCAACACAGGGCACAAGUUAAGGAUUAAAAUAUUCAGAAUUAAGUAUUCGCACCAGUAUCGCACAAAGAAGAAGUAAACACACCGUAAACCUUCCACCAUCGGCCGAUCAACCGAGAGGAAGCCAAAGUAGACAAAACGUAGAUGUAUCACCUAGAAUUUACAACAUAUUGAAGCAGUAACGUUCGGGAGUGGAGACAUAAAAAAUAUACAUGUUCAUCGGGCACCCUUUUUGAGCCGUCUACGGUAGGGCCAACCUACAAUCCAGAAUUCGCUGUUUUAAGGCUACACAUUUUUGGAGCAUAUCACGAGCACAUUUUAUAUCACUACAAGUACAUACAUACAUAUAUACCAGAAUUUAUAAACGAAAAACAAUCAAUUUUACAUUUCUACAUUUUGGAGGCAGAGUGUACCAAAAACGGCUAACGACGUAAAAAAUGUCUCUCCAGAACGAUACCGAUCCGGCCAGUAAUUCGGGCUAUGGCAGUUCCGAUGAGACGGCAUCGCUUCUCGUGAUGUCCUCGGCCAACAGCAGCAGCACAACGACCACAACGGGAUCGGGCAGCAUCGUGUCGACGAUCGGAAAACCUCCGUCGGCCAGAAUGGCAACAUCAUUACCAUCGUCCCAGCAGCACAGUUCCUUCAAUGGCCCAACAAACCAAUCGACCGAUGGACUAGGACUAGGAGCGAGCUCACUGAUGGCAAUGGCCGCAGCAUCCGGAUCCCUAUCGGCCGGAAGUAUCCUUCCCCCCAGUGCCAACAACAGCAGCAACAACAACAAACCAAUUCUGAUACGGCAAGACCGCACGUAUCUGGCCAGCCCGCAGCUUUCAUCGACGGGAUUCGGUGGAUCGGAGGAAAGUGCACAAGGCGAGGACGACGGCAACAAUGCUCGUUCCGUUCCAGACAUCGAGAUGCACUGCCGGCUUGAUGCGCCAUCCAUUGCCGUUUCCAACUCGUGCCAUAGCGAUUCCGGGACACGCGUCGGUGCAGGUGGAGGAACAUCGCUCGGUGCCGGAUAUCAGCUCGUCCCGUACAAUAGAUGUCGCGCCUGUCGUAACUGUGAUCGACGUGCCUCGACUACGCCCGUGUCUUCGCUGCAGCUGACCCGCUCCGUCUCCAAAGAGAGUGUCCGCAGCGCCGCCCUGCACAGUCGCCUUCAGGUUCAACACUCGACUAUUCCACCGGUGCUCAUCACCUCCUCGCCGACGUCCGGAUCCGGAGGGCGAAUCAUCCGCCAGAGCUCUCAGCCCGAGGCCAGUUCGCAUAUCUGCUGUGGGAGUGCCUGUGCGCAUGUCUGUGCCAACCCGAGCUCCUCCUUGCGGCAAUUACGCGAACCUGGCGACGGCAUCGCGGACAUUGCGGCCGAUUCGCUCCGGAUCAAUGGUGGCAUGCGCCAGUUCAAGCAGCUGAUAGCACGCAAAAGGGAAAAAGAAAACGAAAAGACUCUGUCGCAAAGUAGGAGAACUCGCCUGAGGAGAGCUUUCACCGAGGCAACGAACGACACUGUCAAUUACGCUAGAACGGUAUUUGAGACAUUCUACUAA